UCAAUUAGAGGAACUUGAUUGUAGUGAUAAUCUUAUGCUCGAAGAGUUAAAACUUUCGCCUUUAAUCCCUAACAAUUUGAGAUUAAAUAUUACAGAUAAUCCUAAUUUAAAAGAAAUAAAGAAUAAGCCCAAGGAUGCUACUAAUAUUGAUACAGAAUAUCUAUACUUUAAUUUUCAAGAGUGGCUAGAUGAGGAAUAUCCUAACAAGGAAAAAGCGGAAGUAAUUGAAAUUAAGUCUAUAGGUUUUAUUGAUGAAAGUGAAUUAGAAAUAAAAGAUUUUCCUAAUUUAAAAGAAAUAAAAAAGGAUAGAGAAAAUGUCUCACAAGUAACCAAAGUGACUAUUAGUAACUGUCCCGAAUUAAAAGAAAUAGAUUUCUCUAGUAAUAAAUUAGUAGAAAUUAAUCUCACGAAUAACAAAAAUUUAACUAAUCUUUCGUGUUCAGACAAUCUAUUAAACAACCUAGAUUUAAGUCAAAAUCUAAACUUAGAGUAUUUAGAUAUCAUGGAUAAUAACUUCGAAAAGCAAGAUUUGUCAUUUUUAAGUAAUUUGGUGAAUUUAAAGACUCUUUUGGUAGGAAAUAGCAGCGUUACUUCUCUUUAUUUGAAAAAAGGAGAAGUUAUUAAAGAAAAAAUCCAAAAGGGUCUUCCUCAUAACCGUUUCUAUGGUUCCCUAGAGUUUUUGCAGGGUUUAAGUAAACUAGAGUAUCUUGGUAUUAGUUAUACUGAUAUUGACAAAGGAUUAGAAUUUUUACCAAACAGUCUAGAAACUUGUAAUGUCGGGAGUAUACCAGAAACUAAAGUAAUAAAAUUAGAUGAAGAAUUGUUUUUGUAUAGAAGUAACUUGAAAGUUUGA